AUGGAUGACUUUGCACGGCCCUUCCCCUUCUCCGCGGUGGUAGGCCAAGAGGAGAUCAAGCUGGCGAUUUUGCUGAAUCUGGUGGACCCCUCCAUUGGCGGCGUGAUGAUCUCCGGGGACCGCGGCACAGGCAAGUCCACCUGUGUGCGGGGCAUGGUGCGCUUGCUGCCGGACAUCGAGGUGGUGAAGGGCGACCCCUACAACUCCCACCCCACCGACGUGUCUCUGAUGAGCGACGAGGCAACCUUGGAGAAACUCUAUGCCUACUCCGUAAGAGCGGAAGCAGAAGGGCUGGCAGCGUCACUGUUUUACUGCUUUCACCUGCUGAAGUUUUGCCGGUGCUGA